AUGGGACAAAACACGCAUGCUUACGCUAACUUCACUUCGAUAAAUUACUCGCAAUCUUACGACGUAAUAGACGUUGACAGAGAUGAGUGUGCCGUCGCAGAUGACCCUAAAUAUCCAAGUAGCUUAGGAAUAACUCUGGCCGUACCAGAAUGGGAGGCCAUUUGUACAGCCAUAGUCCUGACUGUUAUUAUUAUCUCGACUAUCGUUGGUAACAUAUUAGUAAUAUUAAGUGUCUUCACAUAUAAACCUCUUAGGAUUGUUCAAAAUUUCUUCAUAGUAUCACUUGCAGUAGCUGAUCUAACAGUUGCAAUAUUAGUCCUUCCACUCAAUGUAGCUUACUCGAUACUGGGACAAUGGGUCUUCGGGAUAUAUAUGUGUAAAAUGUGGCUAACAUGCGAUAUAAUGUGUUGUACGUCAUCAAUACUGAACCUUUGCGCCAUAGCUCUCGAUAGAUAUUGGGCAAUAACCGAUCCAAUAAAUUACGCACAGAAGAGGACUUUAGAGCGGGUGCUUCUAAUGAUUGGAGUAGUAUGGAUAUUAUCACUCAUUAUUAGCUCGCCGCCUCUUCUGGGUUGGAAUGAUUGGCCAGAUGUGUUUGAACCCGACACUCCAUGUCGCUUAACUUCACAGCCUGGAUUCGUAAUUUUUUCUUCAUCUGGGUCAUUUUAUAUACCAUUAGUAAUAAUGACGGUAGUUUAUUUUGAAAUAUAUUUAGCCACUAAAAAAAGGUUAAGAGAUAGAGCUAAAGCUACAAAAAUAAGUACUAUAUCUAGUGGAAAAAAUAGAUUCGCAACAAAGGAAUGCGAUCAUCAUGACCAAGAUUCGGUUAGUUCUGAAGCAAAUCACAACGAACAUCAAGGAGUAACGUGUUUGGUAUCAGACAACGAGAAGAUAAAAAAACCAAAGAAGUCAACACCUAAAAGGAAACCUAAAAAACGAUAUUGGAGCAAAGAUGACAAAUCACAAAAUAAGCUAAUAAUUCCUAUUUUAUCUAAUGACAAUUCUGUCACAGAUAUGGCAGAUAACACUGAAAAUAGGAAUACGUCUUCAGAAAGUAAUUCUAAAGAAACUCAUGAAGAUGAAGUAGAAGUUAUCAAAACCACUGUAACGAAAGCUUCUAAGCGUUCCAGGCCUAAUCAGCAAAAUACGGUGUAUCAGUUUAUAGAAGAAAAACAGCGUAUUUCUCUUACCCGAGAGCGCCGAGCUGCUCGUACAUUAGGAAUCAUAAUGGGAGUGUUUGUCGUAUGCUGGCUACCAUUCUUUGUUCUGUAUCUAGUUAUCCCAUUCUGUUCGAGCUGUUGCUUAUCAAACAAAUUCAUCAAUUUCGUAACAUGGCUUGGUUAUAUAAAUUCUGCAUUAAAUCCUCUUAUAUACACAAUAUUCAAUAUGGACUUUAGGAGAGCAUUCAAAAAACUUCUUUUCUUGAAGCCUUAAGGAUUCAAAAUUUUAACGAGCGUUCGUGCCAAACGAUUAUGUUAGAUGAGAUUUAAGCUUGUAAUUAUUAAAGCCGCCGACUUGCUCAAACUAAAGUUUUGAAAAUUUAUAAUUGUUUGACAAAUGUAGUGAAUUAUGAAUAUUUAUGAAAAUUAAAAUUUAUGUAAAUUUAGCAUACGAUAUAAACCGUCUAUAGUGUAGCUGUUGAAUUUAGUAGUUCCUGUAUAGUGAAAUGUUUUUCAACUUUAAUCUUACUACUUAUAACUACUAUUUAGCUAAUGUAUUGUAUAAUAUCGUAUACUCUAAGUGUACAUGUGUGUAUAGGGACAGGUUUUGUGCUAAGCACCUUAGGAAAUAUAAUAUUUAAUGUAUAAUUAAAAUUACUAUCUAAUUUACUUAAUCGUUUAGUUAUUAACGCCAACGAAAACUUUACUAAUGUAUAUAGCAAUAAUGUAAAUACAUAUCUUGUAAAUACUUAUCAUUAUCAUCGGUAUCAAAUUUCAAAUCUAAUUAUAUUGGGGAAAAUUAAAUAUUGGCUUCUCUUAUAAUAGCACCUUCAAAUAAGUUUCUAAUAAUAAUUGUUAACAUUAUAUCCCUUUAAAAUAAUUUGAGCCCUUAUUUAAAAGGGAUAUUAAUAUACAUCGUUUUUGUCCACUGUGCUAAAUUUAUAAUAAAAAAUAUUAUUAGA